CCUUUGUUGUGGCGCCCUAUAAAGGUCACUAACCUCUGUGGAUAUGUAGUUGGCGCUCUGGAUUCGUCUUCCUGGUAUCCCACCAAGUCGAAGGAGCUUGGGCUGCCCACCAGUUCCACCAUGGACCAAUCCGAUGAACUUGAUGUUCACGAACUUGAAGCAGAUGAGAACCUUCCAUCUGACGAGCUCGCUGUGAAGGAAACUGCAGAACCAGACUCUGUCGAUCUCAGCGAGCUUGAAAGCCUUGUGCGACGGCAGACAUCCCACUAUUCAGCCUCUUCACGCGCGCCUUCUCCUCCUGCUCAGGAUCCCACGUAUUCACCCGCACCAUCCACUUCGACUUUCGAGUCUACAUCAUCCACCCCAUCACCCAUCCAUACCAUCCCCCUCGAAGUAAUGCACAAUAUCUUCGAAUUCUACGUGCACAGCGGGUUCAGCCCCGUCGACGACCGUGAUGAUCUACCACCCCCGACUUCAGCAGUGUGGAUGUCGCCCCUUAUUCUAUCACACGUCUGUCACUACUUUCGCACAGCCAUCUUCAGCUACUCUCGGGCAUGGACAAAUAUCCGUAUAGCUCCAACUCGACGAGAUGCUUCCAUUGGUCUCAGAGCAUGGUUGCAGCUGUCUGGUGAUCGGCCCCUGCACGUCGUCGUCGAUGAUUUCCGGUUAGAAGGUCGUUUUCCGGAUAACGCUUUACUGUCGAUGUUCAGGGACCUAGUUUCCAGCGGUCGGUCAAUACGCUCGCUCGUCCUGAAUGUUAAACCGCACCUUGUGCGUUUAUUCGAGAAUAUCAUCGCUGUAAACCCGUCGGUGAUGCAUAGCAUCCAAGAUCUCCGAUUCGACCUCUUCCCCGCCUACAAACACAAUAUCCCCGUUUACCAGAGCCGCUGGGAGCUGUGGCAGCCUCAAGAUCCCACCGUACUCCACCGCUUAUCCCUCAGCUUCGUCCCGAUGUACGACCCACUUCUCAUCUCGUCAUACGCGACGUUGUCCUGUCUGGACAUUCACGGUCACAUGGUAUCCUCCAUCACCACCAUCCUCGAUGCCGUGAAGGGAUGCCACAUGCUCGAGACGCUGAAUCUUCACGUCGAAGUCGUCACGCUCGAUGUUAGUUCUUGGCUCAGCACUUCGCCUCCCCGCACUCGUACGAAACUCCAUAACCUGAAGCAUCUCACCAUUCGAGACGAUGCAGAACAGUUACCGGGCAUAUGGCGCCACUUCGGAUCCUCCUGGAUCCUCGUGUACCUGGAAUUGCCCGCCCUCGAGACGCUUUCUCUGCAUUGGACCAGGGGCUGCAAGAGUCUUCGUCCAGCCGACCCUAUAUUGGAGGAGGCCUACAAGAGGUUUCUUGGAUACAAGAUUUUGGAGUUUCUUCAGGCUUCUCGACCUCGAUCGCUACAUACGCUCUCUCUGUACGCGUGUGAGAUCACGAAUACAGACAUUUCGCGCUGGAUAUCCGCCAUUCCUUCGCUUAAGCGUCUUUACAUUCACGCCAUAUCACCAGACCAGCAGAUCUAUGACGCCCUACUUCGCCAUCACCCCCACCUCGAACAACUUUGCGUUGGCCGCAUUCCUUUCUUCUAUCCACUGGAACCCCUUCUCAAGUUCAUAUCCGACUGGGUUUUGGGUACCGCUAGGGUUGGACAGCGUUUAAAGGAUGUGGAUCGAGGACGAAGCCGGGUGUUGAGCGUGGGCUGUACGGAGGAGACCGUCUAUCAGGAUUUGAGAUCGCGAGCGGAACAAGUGAGGCAGCCUGAGGGGUGCGUUGAGUUGGAUUGUGUCCCCGUUCGGUUUCCUUUCUGGAGGUGCGCUGUGUAUGAACCCGAGCCAUGGAAGAUUAUGUCUCGCUUCGUUCGAUUUCAUCGGUAAUGGACCAUGGGCUGGUGCUUACGCUCGUUUUAUAUAACCUUCGUUCCUUCUAAUUCCGUGCUGUCAAUUCGUCACGUAUGCUCAUGCCUUCGACUGCUUUCGGUGCUUCGUGGUCUGUGAUGUCCAUAUAUGCCCUCCAUACCUCCUUUGUACUCACAUAAUUUGCGCGUUCACGUUCAUGAGUCGUUUCCUCACGUUCUUCUUGGUUACUCUCAAUACCAGCGAGCUUACAUAGCAUCCAUCACUUACUAUCGGUCAGUAGAUUCUGUCGAAUACUGUAGCGGUACUGUUUAUCACACAAUACUGCUGUCGUCACAUACUGCCGCACACACUUGAAGCAG